AUGAAUUUAGAAAAUCAUAAUUAAAACAAUAGUGAACCCAUAUUAUAAAAUUUUAGCUCUUCAAAUUUUUAUAGCGAACCUUCAAACUUUAAUUAAUAAUUAUUUUGGUUUUAAUCCAAAGAAGCAACAGAGAUAUUAAUAAUACUAGCAAGCCAAUGUCAAAUUAUAUUUAAAUGUGUCAGUGGAAAAGGAGCAAAAAAAUAUUAGAAUACUGAUAUUAAAGAAUAGCUUCCUGUCUUUAAAAAUGAGCGAAAUGCAUUUGUAUAUAAAAUAAAAGUAUACUAUUUAUUAUCAUAAAUAAUUUAGAAUUGUUAAAAUGAUUUAUUAAGAAAACUUGAAAAACAUUUAUAAAUCAAUUUGAUAGGAGAUUAGAAAGAGAUGAACUUUUUUUUUUUUGGAAGAAAUAAUGUUACUAUAUAAACAUAAAAUCCAAUAAUGGAUAUAUUAAAUCCUUACAUUCAUUAAGAUUUCAUAGAUACAUUGACUGAACUGCUAGAAUUAAGAAAUUAAGUUAAUAAUACUAAUCAUUAUUAAUCACGUAAAAAGAAUUUAUAUAAUAUUAAUAAUCAUAAGCAUUUCGUAUGUUGGGCAUUCAUUUCUGCUUGGUAAAUAGAAAUUAGAGAACAUUUAAAGUAAUUAUAAGAGAAAUUACCAACUGAUAAUUAGGUUUUUCUAACAUAAGGAUAGAAAUCUUAGGAGCUUAUAUAAUUGAAAAGUAAAUCAGAUGAAAUUUGGAGAAAAAAAAAACAAGAAGUUGAAUAACUUGAAGAUAUAAAUUAAUUAAUUAUGAAAUAUUAACAAUAGUCCAAUGAGAAAAUACAUGAUAUAAUAAAAAUGUUUGAAUAAAGAAGUCUAUAGAAUAAUUAUUGA